UUUUGUCCUCUUGGAUCGUCCCUAUUCGGCCCCUUUCGGAUCGUCGGCUCCUUCCUGUUCUUCGCCGGAGGCUGAGCCACCGCCGCCGAGGCGAGACGUCUGUUUGUUUUUUAGAGAGAGAAAGAAGAGAGAGAGAGACGCAGAGAGAGGGACUUUUUGGUGGUUUUUGUGUGGUAUGGGGAGUACGGAUUCCGGUACGGCUGCGGAGUUCAGCGUGGGAUCGAUCGUGUGGGUACGGAGGAGGAACGGCUCGUGGUGGCCGGGGAAGAUUGUGGGUCCCGAGGAGCUCUCGGCUUCGCAUCUCACCUCGCCUCGCUCCGGGACUCCCGUUAAGCUCCUCGGCAGGGAAGACGCCAGUGUGGAUUGGUACAAUUUAGAAAAAUCAAAGCGUGUGAAGGCAUUUCGAUGUGGCGAGUUUGAUGAUUGUAUCGAGAGGGCUGAAUCCUCCCAGGGAAUGCCAAUAAAGAAAAGGGAGAAGUAUGCACGUCGAGAAGAUGCUAUUCUUCACGCACUUGAACUUGAGAAGCAACAAAUGAAGAAACAAGGGAAAUUGGGUAUAGCUUCUGAUUGUGCGAACAGUAAGUCAUCUGGUGCUGUGAAAAAGGGGUUAGUUACACCUUCAGAAAGUUUUGGAAAUGAUAAUCUAAAACUUGGAAAUUCCAAAUCAAAUCAGUUUUAUAAGAGGCUAGAUGUGUCUCCUAAGAAUGAGAUUCUAGGGAGUCCUUUGUCUUCCCAAAAGUCCAAAGAGGGAAACCAACUUAGCGGGGAAGAGGAUCAUUCUGAAGUCAUACCUCGGAUGAGAGGCUUGCAGGACUUCGGGCUUAGGAUUGCCCCUUCAAAGACAAAACUUUCACCUCCCAUUUCUACGAAUGGUUCUGGGAAACCAUUAGUUGACAAUAGUGUUCAAGCGCUUUCUAGUGGUGUUCUUAAGAUGGGAAGUACAACUACAAGUCAAGUGAAUGGUAAAAAUUCUUUAGACAAAAGGAAAAGGUUACAUGAGGGGUUGAGUGAGGAAUGUUUGGUCAAGAGACGUGACAAGCGCCGCCCUCUUGUCCAAGUUUUGAAGAGUAGUGCAAAAUUAGAAGUCCCUCAUUCCUUGCAACCUGACAGUGCUACUGUUUCUACUUCUAUUUCAGGAGUGGAGCCUAUGGGAGUUAUUUGCAGAGCGAAGAGGAGCAGAUUUGUGUACAUUCCAGAGUCUAGUGAAUCCUUGGACUAUAAAGCAAUGUCACAAAGUCAAAGUGACAUUGAGAUGUCAGAUUCCCAAAUUGGAGCUUCUCUACAUCCCAAUUCUCUUGAAGGGAUCAUUUCUGGUUCCACAGAAGAUGAAUCAGAUACUUCUGAAACUGAUACUUCCGAAUCCGAGUCUGAUUCUUCCGAGACAGAAGAUAUGGAUGAAGAAAUGGCCAUACUCUCAGAUGCUGCUGUACCCACAGAACCAGAAGUGAGUUCCAUGGGAAGAUAUGAUGCACAAGAACAUGGAAGCAUGGGCGGACUGGAGCCUGAUGAGCCAACGCUUUCUGGUGACAUGUCUCACUUUUAUGGUCAUUAUCCUUCAUCCACUAAUGAAGCAGUGUCCAAAUGGCAAUUGAAAGGGAAAAGGAAUAUUCGCAAUCUUACAAAAAGGCCUGCUGAUGCAACUGAUUGGAAAGGUUAUAUAUAUGGAGCAUAUCCUGAUGAAAAGGAUUUUAGGGCGGAGAUGAUUGAACUAGACAAUGGUUACUCCUCAUCAAGAGCUGCGUUCAGAGGUCGAAGUAGUGUUGGCCGUAGUAUGAUUGAUUGGGACGACUCUAGUUGGGAGGAUCAGCCUUCUUUGAGGGGAUAUUGGGACACCAAAAGAGAACACUUUGAUCCGGUUUACGAUUCCCGUUAUCAAUUUGGGGGGAGGUCAAGAUCCAUGUUGAUGGAUGUCGAUUUGAAAGUCCAAGCAAGUUAUCAAAAAGAGCCUGUCCCUAUUGUCUCUUUGAUGAGUAAGUUGAAUGGGAAAGCGAUUAUAGGGCACCCAAUCCAGAUCGAAACAUUAGAAGACGGUUCAUCUAGUAAUCUUCUUCCCACAAUGGAUUAUUUUGGCAAUGAAGCAAUUGAAAAUGAUGGAAGUACUGCUCUUCCUCAGGCAUGGAGAACAGCGAGGAGGACAGCAAAUUUCCGGGUCCCACGCCCUCAUUUAUCGUCAGCACUGGACGGUGACGAAGCUGCUUAUGACUUUCCUUUCUUAGAUAGAGAAACUAAGCCACCAUCCAAGAAAUCAAAUGCAGGGAAUUUCAGUCACAAGCCGGUGCUGGUGAGGAAGAAUGCUCUUCACAAUUCAGGGCCUCUGUCCGAUCGAAAAAACAAAAAGGUGCCGAAGAAAGUAAGCUCAUCAUCUAGCCAGAAGACAAGGACUCUGUCUUCUAUAGCUAUUGAACAUAACUUAAGUAACAAGCCAACAACACAUGAUAGUAGUAGCAACCAAAUAGAUGGGUUGAUUAAACCGGAGUCGUCUGUGCCACCCACGACAGUAGCGUGCAUACCUGUCAAAUUAGUUUUCAGUAGGUUACUUGAGAAGAUCAAUAGGCCGCCAUCAAAAGCCGCAGCUAGCAAUGGGGCUCUGUUAAAUAGUGAUGUGGAGAGAAAUCCAUCAUAGAUUUACAUGUACAUUUUUAUAUGGCGAACACAAUAAAUUUUAAAUAGUGCUAGUACAUCAUUUGUUAUUGCUAAUUUACUUUUUUCUGGACAAGUUUCUUUUGAAUAAUUGGAUGAAGCAGGUAACCAUGGAUUGGAGUGGAGUCAUGUACAGCAAAACCGGAAAAAAGUCUCGCGGUAGUCAGGAAACAACUUGGUGUCUGCAAUCAAAUUGGAUGACGUAGUAGGAGGUACUCUGAUGAGAAGUUUGUCUUUUAUGUAUUUUUGUGUUUCUUUCUUUUCAUUUUUCUUUUUAACUAAUUUAGCAAACAUAGACAAACCUUGAGAAGUGCGAUUCGUUGUAGAUCCCCUUUGAAUAUGUAAAAUACUGUAGAUCAUCAGUCUUUAGAACUCAGAUUCCUCGGUGAGAUAUAUAUGUUUACAAGUUCAUAUUUUGUUCCUUGAUUUCUGACGGGCACAAAAGCAUUGCUUGAGGAAUGUGUGAUAUUAUUGUGAUUGUAACAGGUUGGUAUUUUGGGCUUUAUGGUAUUUGACAAUAUGAUUGUAACAGGUUGAGUCAUUAUAUAUUUUAUUUUUUUAUUUUUUUGCCUUGUUUAUUGUAAAAGUGGGGGUGAUGUCUCGCAU